AUGUCAGUAAACCAUAAAACUCUUGAUGAAGAGUAUGAGGGCCUGUUUAAAACAGGAGUUCGUGCUUACAAUAAUAAAGACUACAAAACCUCGUACAGUUCAAAACACUAUGAAAAUAAUUUAGGAAUUUCUGAAAAUUAUAGUGCAGCAUUUGAUCUUUAUACACAAGUUUCUAAUAGUGACUCAAAAUACAAAUACAAUGCCAAAAUUUGGCUAGCAUUGUAUUUUGAUAAUAAAAAUGAUUACCAAAAAGCUUUUGAAUUUUAUUUUGAUAUUUAUCGUAGUAAACUACAAAAAAUUAGUGAAAUUAAAUUAUUGUUGGCAGAACAUGUUGAAAGAGGAUUAGAUGAUUUUAAAGAUAAUUAUAAAGCAUUUGAAUUUUAUUAUGAUCUUUAUAAAAAUGUUCCAGAAUACAAAAGUUUUGCAAGGAACCAUCUUAUAAAAUGCUAUAAAGACGGAAUUGGUGUUAAAAAAGAUGAAGAAAAAGUUUACAAACUUGAAAAUAAAGCAUUAAAUUAUGAAAAUAACAUUAACAAAUAUUCUAGCUAA